AUCUGCUGUUACGGAAUAGAAAGUACACGACGACACCCUAUUGCAAUAAUGGAAGGUGGACGUAAUGUCUCUUUUAAAAAUAGUGUAACUAUCCUAUUUGACUUAGCAUUUUAAAAGUAGAAUUAUUUUCAACAUCGUACUACUGUUUCAAUAUUGUUAGUUAUCCUACUUCUUCUAAAACAUUGUUGAAAUCGUUCAAAAAUGGAUGUCGCUAAUAACAGAAACAGAGAUGAUGACGACUCAACUGAUUCAGAUAGUUCUGAAGAUUUCGGAGAACAGCUCGCUCGAGUUCCGGAUCUGCAGAACAAGGUCACGCCCUCAGAACAGUACAAGUCUGUUAUGCUGGAAGAAGAGAAAGAUAUCGAUACAGCUGUUGAAGAUUUGCCAGUUACAACAGAUGCAUUUUUCGAAGACGUUGAGCCGUUGACUUGCGGCAUUAAAACUUUGAGAGAGGUGUACUUCGGAAAGUCUUCAUACCAGGAUAUCACUCCGUUAUUCAUAGACGGCGCUCCUUUUCUAGUUGAUGCAUCUUCCCUCACUGUCUGCGCCAUGAAAGAGUCCAAUUACAAUGGACAUCACGGUGGCCAAACCCUGCAUUUUAUCUACAUUUGCGAGAAAAUCAUUCAACUGUUGUCCAGAAAAGGGGGAACCUGCGAAGUGAUUUUCUCCAAGGAAAAGUCGAAAGUCUGGCAAGAAACUCCUCAUUUGAGUAUGGCUGAAAAUAUUCUGAGGUGUCAUUUGAAAAACAAUACGCAAAUCCUUACACAGGAGAUUGCAUCAAUCGCUGAUCAUUCGUUUCACCAGUACAUCAUGGAAGUGCAACCCAACUUCAUUGUUUUGGAUUUCACGUUUCUUGACUCGUUCGAGAAAGAUUUCGGGUCUGAAAAUGAAUUUCAUAUGUAUAACUCGCUAUUCUCAGUCUGUGGUCUUUUGAGUUUGUCGUUUGGUUUGUACUGUAUCGACAUCAACUCGUUGCAUCUAGGUAGCAAUUCGUUCAUGUCGUUUGUGAAAGCGUCCGACUCGAAGAUAGCAUCUAACAGACAGCUGUUGCAGAAGUACUGUGUUUCAAUUUCGCGAAAACUUCCCAAAGGAGUUGAAGUGUCAACUUGUAAAGUUGACAAGUUGAAAACGAAAGAUGUGCGCCGAUCGAUACUAGUUUGUGCAGCUAAAUCGUGCAUCGAUAGCGACCAGUUUGAGAACAAAGAGGAAAUUGCUAGAGCGGUUCUAGUGUAUGGAGCUGUACUUGAGGUGUUUCCGAUUGAGGCGCGCUGCUUCAAGCACCAAAUCGAGGCCACAGAAGCCUUGGAUAAAAUAGUCAACAAUGUUUGUAGGGCCAUCGAUAUUCAUCUGAAUAGUGAUCGAUUCAAAGGGUUCGACUAUUCUUCAGUAGCUGAUGUAUGGCACGGAAAUCUGUUUGUUGAAAUAAUUUCCUCAAUUGUCUCUAUGAAGGAAUGUAAAAGUCUUGGAAGUACUAUCGAUAAGGUAUAUGAAGAAUACGUGUCUGAAUUCAAUGAAAUUACUGGCUCCAAGCUACAAGCGUUUCCAUUAUCAUUGAAUGGGUCUGUCAAAAAUAUAGCAUUUGUGAAGAAUGUUGUGAAGACUGAUGAACUUUCUGUUUUCAGCCAGGUAAGUGGUGAUUUACCUGAUAUUAAUAAUGAUAUUUUCAGAAGCUUCUGUAAAGACUUGAGUACUACGAGCGAAGCUACUGAUGAGUCGAAUAAUCGUAAUUGCCGUCAAGCAGUUCUAACCAAUCUGAGAUGGCAAAACACUGAACGCCUGGAUGGGUUCAUCGAUAGAAUUAAGGAGGAUGAUUUUGAAAAGGAGUUGCAAACAAAUACAGACAUCUAGCAGAUCCAGACAAAAGAAGGAAAAUAAUUAAGAAAAGAUUGGCCAAAAAUAAGGCUACUUAUGCGCAUUAUAUGGACAUGUAUGGAUCAAAUCUUGAAGGAAAAACUUUGGAGAGAAGAGCUAUAAUUUGCGAAAAUCCUCCUAAAAAACCUCAAAAGAAUCAAAAAACUCAGAAAAAAGAUAAAAUCAGCAAGACUGCUGCGAAAUUGAUUGAAGACAACAAUUUGAAAAAAGAAAAGAAGUUGCAGGAAGAAGAGAAUGCAAUCUAUUCAAACUUCAAGAAGCAGUUCAAGCAGAACUCAACCGCUGGUAAGUCGUACACUGUGAAUCUAGCUCUCAUCAAUCAUGUGCUUUCUACAAUGAAAACUGACCUUUAUUACGGUAAAAUGAUUAUUUACAAAGUGGAUGUCCUGUUUUACCUCUGGGAAGAGGUAUGCAAAGAUUGCAAAACUAGAGAGGAAAGAGACGUUAGUUAUUUAAAAGAACUGUUCCUGGCGAUUCGUGAUCUGAUGAGCUGUGCGCAGAAAGAGCCGUCGCUUUUGGGCGAAAAGGAACGAGCCAAGUUGGGCAAGAAGAUCUGUCAGCUGGGCUUCAAGGAGCUGGCUGAGAAGUGCUCUCUGCCGGUGACUGACGGUGGCAACUCUGAUGUGUCUGUCGACCAAUCCUGUGUCAGAUUCCAGAUGACUCACUUGGGUCCCGAAUUGCUGAGAAAGAUCGAUGGUGGAGUUGAUUUAAGGGUGGAAGGGUUCAUUCCUGAUCAGUGGCAGAGAGACAUGUUUGAUGCCAUCGAUAAGCGUCAGUCGGCCCUGAUAGUAGCGCCGACAUCGUCGGGUAAAACAUACGCCUCUUACUAUUGCAUGGAGAAAGUGUUGCGGGAGAGCAACGAUGGCAAGGUGGUCUAUGUUGCUCCCACCAAGGCGCUGGUUAACCAGGUGGCAGCUACAGUCUACUCCCGGUUCAAGGGAAAGGCGGGUAUUGUGUAUGGUAUCCUCACCAAGGACUAUCGAGUCAACGCGUUCGAUUGCCAGAUCCUAGUCACUGUUCCCGAGUGUCUGGAAGCUCUAUUCAUGUCGCCUGAGUAUCACAGCUGGACGAAGCAGCUGCGUUACGCGAUAUUCGACGAAGUCCAUUGCCUGACCAACUUCGAGAACGGUAUCACAUGGGAGCGAUGUCUCAUGAUGAUGCCCUGUCCGUUUCUGGCUCUUUCGGCCACCAUUCAGAACCCGGACAGCUUCCACUCGUGGAUGCAGAAGUUCGAGAGGUUCAAGAAAGAGCUGGAUCCGGAGUUCGGAUCAAGGGUGGUGCUGAUCGUUCACAGUGAGCGUCACAACGAUCUAGUGAAACAUAUGUAUGAGACGAACAAAGGCCUGUGUCACAUUCACCCGGUGUCGCACCUCACCAACCGGGUGAUGAAUGCCCACCAGGGCAUCCCGAAACACAUCUAUUUAGCGCCGGGCGAAAUGAUCGAGCUCUACGACAUGUUGGUCAAAGUCGCCGGCAAAGACGAUCCACACUUGAAAGACCUUGAGCCGGAAACAUACUUUGCGCAGUUCGAAUCUGGGUUCGUGUUCAGAAACGACGCCAAGAAGUAUGAAGCCAAGUUGAGACAGGUCCUCGAAGACUGGUUCACUAACAAAAGAGAGCUGUUCGAUAAAAUUGUUACGCUUUUCAGAGCGCAGAUAUCCGAUUUCGAAAGUAGCAACAAAAGGUUGGUUCAGUUUAUGUCUUCGAUCAAGGGUUUUGUAGAGCUUCUCAAAGGUAAAGGCAUGCUGCCUGCCAUUGUAUUCUCGUACGACAGAGAAAAGUGUGAAAUCCUCGGAGAAUACGUUACUGAUUCUUACAAGGAAGAAGAGGAGAAGAACGCGCCGAAAACAAAAAAGAAGCAGAUUGCAGUUGUGGAUGACGAUGAUGACUUUGAUGACCGAGAAGAGAGACCUCUGCGGAAGAACAAGGUGAAAGCGACAAGCGGCAAGAAGGAGGAGCAUCGACGGAAGUUGGGUGAGGUAGAAAUGAAUCCGGUCGGCUUGACUGAGUGCGACAUCCAGUACUCGGUCCGCAGUGUAGUCUCACUCAGCAUGAAAGACUUGCAGUUCAUCGAGGGUCGUCUCUUUAGAAAAGGUCUCAAAAAGAAGAGCCCAGCGAUAGAGAUGUUCAGACGCGGUGUGGGAGUGCACCACGCUGGUCUGCCGACCAUUGUCCGUAACACGGCCGAGAUGCUCUUCCGAAUGAAGUUUUUGAACGUGAUUUUCGCGACGGGGACCCUGGCGCUGGGUGUGCACAUGCCUUGUAAGACUGUGGUGAUCCUGGGUGACAGUCCGCUGCUCAACACACUAGAGUUCCACCAGAUCUCAGGUCGUGCCGGUCGGCGAGGCUUUGACAAAACUGGAGACGUCAUCUUCUUUGGACUCGACUCGAAGAAAGUGCAGAGCCUGCAGACGUCCAAACUGCCCAAGAUCAACGGCAACUACCCGCUCACAGUCACCACUGUUCUUCGCUUCUUCUGUCUGUACUCUCUGGUGAAAGGCGAAAAUGAAGAGAAAGAGAAAAAACUUGUGUUGAACAGGAUAUUGACUGUUCUGAACGAAAGUCUCCUGUAUCAAGCCUAUCCUGAUUUGAGAACUCAGAUGAAGUACUAUUUCGGAUACUCUUGUCACCUGUUGAUGAGCUUGGGCUUGCUUCAUGCCGAAUCAGGCAGAAUUCAUCUCCUGACCCAUCUGAUCAAUAUAGUCCACCAUCAUGAAGAAGGCAUCUUGGCUUUCGCCUACCUUCUGAAGAGUGGAUUCUUCCACAGUCUUUGCAAGCUGGAUGAGAAUCACGAUGUGUCAGAGGAGUCGUGUGACACGAUUAUGCUCAUACUGUGCUAUCUCUUCACAAAUAUCCCGUUCUCCAAGCAUCAGGUGACGACUGAUGAGAAUGACAAGACCGUUGAUGACAUCAAACUGCCCAGUCUUCCUUCUGAUGCUGUCAAGGCUCUUCAAAGCUACAACAAUAUUGUGAAGCGAUCAUUCACAAAGUAUUACAAGAAUGUUGCCAAAUUCAACGUAGAAAAGUUUGGAAAAGACGAAAAACUUCCAAUCUCGAGGAAAAUGUUCAAAGGACGUUGCUCUGCUGGUGACUUGGAUAAAGAUGGCGCCAAUCUGGAAUCGAUGCUUGCUGGGAACUCAGUAUCGAACAGCGUGUGUUCAGUGUUCGCUGGAUUGUCGGGCCAGACUGAUGACGACCUGUUCAUUGAGAAUGUGAUCAUUGGAAACGUUCGUGAAGAGGUAUUUUCGAAUUACAAGUGUGUUCCACUUGUAGAAUUGGACGUACCAUUGAACUCAUUCGCCUACAAUUUCUACAAACAUGGAAUCAUCAGACCAAUUAUAAGAGAUCACCAUUUAAAACCAGGCCAAGAUUACACUUGUAUUUUGGACUUUCACUCGGUGUUGAAGAAUAUCAAGACUUCGCUGGAAAAAUUGCAGUGGGUGAACGAGGAUGGCAAAGACUGUCUGUUUGGUAUACGUAGGACUUUCAGUCACAUUGCUAAUACAUUCGAUGACCUUUACCAGAGGGCUUAUCACGAAGGUGGAAAGGCUUCAGGAUAGUUCAACACAAGUUUAUUACGAUUUGAUUUUUAUAUCCGAGAACUGAAACUUGAUGGCCUUAUAGAAGAAAUACUGUAUCUAAUCUUCAUAAUUAUCUAAGUUAAACAGUGUAACUUAUCGAAUCUUUUUUUUAGUGUUUGAUUAUAAUUAUCUAAUAAUUAUCAGGUGACUUUUAUUUAUUCAAUUUGUAGCAUUUUUUUUUUGCUUGAGUAACGCUUGGCGAGAUCUUCCAUUUGUACUGUUUGUUAUAAAGUAAUUUUUCUUUAUUUUCGUUUCAAGUCUCCUUCUUCAAUUGCAGCUUUGAAAAUUAGUUUUCUUAAAAUACGUUGAAUUUGUAAAUGUGGAACUUGUAAAUUCAGGCUGUUGAAAUGAAAUAGACUUUAUUAUAAAUGAGGAUUAUUAA